CAUCUUGACCUCCAGUCAUUCAAGCAGCAGUGGUCCAUUCGUAUCUCCAAGCGUCGCAUCCUUGCAAUCGUGCAACUACGAGAACGUUCACUUUCACCGUGUUCAUCAUGAUCCCCAAGAUGUUUAAACUGCGUCCAAUCAGCACUAUGGUGGCAACUGCUCAGCUCUUCAAUUUGCUUUUACAGUCUGUCUUUUUGGCUGGCCUCUUCUACAAUCAUGGCAUUCUGUCUGUUUCGGCAAAGGACUGCAAGGCAUUUUGGCUCACUCUCAAAGAUACAACCAACGGAUAUGACUACAAGGACACCCAUUGCCAGUAUGUGCUCAAGUCAGGAAAAGGAGUCAAUGUUCCGCAAACCAUUCACAAUGUUGACGAGGGAAUCUGCUUUUAUGUUCCUGAAGACGAAAAUUGUCCCCACGGAGGAGAACAUGGCGAAGAAAACUGGUUCAGAGAGCAUCGUCCAAAUAAUGGCCAAGGAAGUUUCGGAAUUUUUUGCUCACCUCGAAACCUCCUCGAUCAACCUGAAAAACUCCCUACGAAUCUAGACAAAGACAUUUCUGUUUAUUGGCAACUUACCGGCGAUCGCUUUUGUCCUGCUCGAAUUUUCUCUCAUAAAUAGAAGUAUUCUACUUCCUCAUAGAUUAAAGUAGACCGUCCC